AUGGAUAUGGAGCAGGAUCAUAGCCUGUCUUGGUGGAGGAAUGCUAGAAGUACAGCAGCUGAGGUGAAGUUCACAUUUUCCGAACAUGUUACGCGCGUCAGGCUACGAAAUGAAGGGCUUCGAAAAUGUCCGUCACUGCUGAUGGAUACAGAAACAAUCUCAAUUUUUCAGGAAGCAAAUGGAGAUGCCUUUGAGACGUUUUCAUAUGAAUCAUCCGAAUCGGCCGGACCACCUGCAAGUUCUCCACCAUCUUACUCAGGUCCACCAUCCUACGCAAGUGCCGGCAGCCCCCCUGAACAGUAUGGAUGGACGCAAUCGCCGCGUACAUCCACGUCAAACUACCCACCCCAUCGCCAGCAGCAGUACAAUGACUAUGAAAGUGGAGGAUAUGAGUUUUCUUCUCCUCCUGCACCUACGACAUCCUCUUACAAACGCCCAUUUACGCCACCACAGUUUGGAUAUGGGUACACAAAGCUCAAAUGCUGCUGUUCCCUUCCUGAUUAUGAUAUUCGACAGCCGCUUCCAGUGUCCCACAAGUGUCCUGUCGGCAGUAAGGGUCCCCUAGGGCCGAAAGGGCAACCCGGUGAACCUGGUACACCAGGCAUACCUGGUCAUGAUGGCGAACCCGCUUACGGCUACUCGCCGCCUUCUCAACCUUACGCUACUCCAGAGUUUAUUAUUACUCCAGAGCAUUGUCCUCCGUGUCCACCAGGUCCUCCAGGGCAUUCUGGACCGAAAGGUCCUCCUGGUUAUCCUGGGUACAAAGGUAUACGCGGCACGCCAGGUGCGCCAGGGCUUCCCGGACGCCAUGGACCCUGCGGUCCUCAGGGUGAGAUGGGAAAGCGAGGCAAAUCAGGUGCACCAGGGCAGAGAGGAGUCAAGGGUAGCGAUGGCAUUCAAGGCAGUAAAGGAAGACCUGGUUCUGCAGGGCUGCCAGGAGCCAUUGGAGCACCGGGUCCAAGAGGUGUGGCUGGAUCACCGGGAGAGUUUGGACCACCAGGAAAGCCAGGACCACCAGGUCCCAGAGGAAAUGAAGUCGGUGCUAACGAUGGGAUACACGAUAAAAGAGGGAACGUUAAGGGUUUGCCUGGCCUUGACGGAGUUGAUGGAGUCUGUGGAAGAGAAGGGCCGCAUGGAAUGGAUGGGCUUUAUUGCCCCUGUCCGAGUCGUAUUCAGGGCACGAACCGCUCUUCUUCUUCAUCCUAUUCUGGAAGCUCAGAUUAUGGAGAUAUAACUGGAGGAGGAAGUUACUCCCCGGGCGCUUAUUCGCCAAGCCCUUAUUCGCCAGCCGAUUAUUCGCCUAUAGAAAUGCCAGUCUCUGUCGAGAUUGAAGCCCGUCCGGUAAGAUAUUUCAUGCAUAGGGCCGUGCUGAUGAUUGUAGGUGAGUUCGCGCACACUGUUCACGCAAUUCGGCAGAAGUUUCUUAGUUUUUUUCUUUUCAACGCUUUUUAACC